CAUGGGUGAGCUCUCUUUCCAUGGGGAUGGUCUUCUUCUGUUCUCCAAUAGUCAGCAUAUUCACAGACCUGUUUGGUUGUCGAAAAGUAGCUGUUAUUGGAGCUGCAGUAGGGUUUGCUGGACUCCUUUCAAGUUCUUUUGUAAGCACCAUUGAACCUCUAUAUUUCACCUAUGGAGUCUUAUUUGCCUGUGGCUGCUCAUUUGCGUACCAGCCAUCCUUGGUCAUUCUCGGGCACUAUUUCAAGAAACGCCUUGGACUAGUGAAUGGCAUUGUCACUGCAGGCAGCAGCUUGUUCACCGUGUCACUGCCCUUCCUCUUGAGAGCUUUGAUCGAUUCUGUUCGCCUAUACAACACCUUGCGGGUCUUGUGCAUCCUUAUGUUUAUUCUCUUCCUGGCUGGCUUUACGUACAAACCCCUUGUUUCCAACGCCAAAGACAAGGAGGAAGAAAAGAAGGGAAAGUUCAGAUUUCCUCCUGAAAAAAAGAUUUGCAAUUUCUCAGUUUUCAAAGUUCUCAGUUACCGAAUCUGGGCUUUUGGGAUCCCAGCUGCACUUUUUGGAUACUUUGUGCCUUAUGUUCACUUGAUGAAGCAUGUAAAAGACAGAUUUGGUGACAGCGUGCCAGAAGAAGUGCUUCUGCUCUGUCUAGGCAUUACUUCAGGAGUUGGCAGAUUGAUCUUUGGCAGAGUUGCAGAUUAUAUUCCUGGUGCAAAAAAGGUUUAUUUACAGGUGGCCUCAUUCUUCUUUAUUGGGCUGAUGUCUAUGAUGAUUCCACUGUGCCACGUCUUUGGAGGUCUCAUUGCUGUCUGUCUCUUCAUGGGCCUGUUUGAUGGGUGCUUCAUUUGCAUUAUGGCUCCUAUUGCCUUUGAGCUUGUUGGGGCUCAGGAUGUCUCCCAGGCCAUAGGAUUUCUACUAGGACUCAUGUCAAUUCCUAUGACAGUUGGUCCACCUAUUGCAGGUUUGCUGCGUGAUCACCUUGGCACCUAUGAUGUAGCAUUCUACCUGGCUGGAGUGCCUCCCCUUAUUGGCGGAGCUGUAUUAUGUUUCAUCCCCUGGGUCCAUGAACGGCAGAAGUUAAAAGAAAGAGCAAAACCUGUUGAUGGAGAAACUACUGAGAAAAUGCUGGAAAACGAAAGCACUUUGGUGUCGGACACUACAGAAAAGCCAGUCAAAGAAAUGGAAUCUGGUUUUUGAUGCUUUCUUUUCCUGUACCAGCCCGACCGUCUUCUACUGAAGCUAGAUUUGUACUUUUUGGCUGAAGAUACUAUAUGACAUUGAAGAAGUUUUGAACUAUUGCUCAAAUUGCAAAACUGCUAUAAGAAUCUUUUAUACUGUUGAACUUUUUCUUGAUGAGUCAUUGAGUUUGAUUUCAAGCCACGUUUUCAAGGUAUUUGAAGUUUUGUAGCAUUAGUGUGUACGUGCGUAGUGAUUCUGUGUGUGAAGAGAGUAUUUUUCUAACUCAUCAGAACCUAUUUCUGGAAGUGUGAAAACUGUUUUUGGUUCACUGACCCAGGAUUCUUCAAUAAUUUUUAUGAUCUAUCCAAUGCAGGCACACCCGUGGGUGUUUAUAUUGGAAAAUGUAGUAGCUUUUACGACUGAUUUGUUUU